AUGUCAAAAAUGGGAUGGAACGUCAAAAUUUGCAUGACUUUAGUUGCAAUAUUAGUAAUAGGGAAUAACUACAUGAUUUCAAGAGGAGCAAUGGCUCAAUCUAACUGCAUGAAUGCAUUUUUAAGCAUGUAUUCAUGUCUUAGCUAUGUCACUGGAUCAACUCCAAAAACUCCACCGUCGAGCUCUUGCUGCUCCGCCCUCUCAGGGGUACUGCAAUCGCAGCCAAGAUGUCUUUGCACCAUUGCUAAUGGAGGUGGUUCGUCGUUAGGAGUUCAAAUUAAUCAAACUCUUGCACUUGCAUUACCUGCUGCAUGCAACCUUAAAACUCCUCCUGUUAGUAGAUGUUACGCUGGUAAUGGACCGGCAAUGUCUCCAAUCUCAAGGGGCUCUCCAGUGGGCUCGCCAGAGGGUUCAUUUUCCGACGAGACUGCGGAUCCUCCAAUGCCAGGAUUCGAAGAGAACUGGGAGUAG